AUCUGCUGACAGCGUGACUUCAGACACGAACGAGGAUUCACAUGAGUCGUAGUAAAACACGGCGAUGACGAAAUCCUUGUUAUAUUUUUAAACCACGCUGUGAUCUGUGACUCUAUCAAAGGUCAUACAUCCUCACAUAGAGCUGCUUAAGUAAGCUGUUUUCUGCCUGUCUAAAAUUAAAGCACACAGUGAGGAACAGCAGGGAUGGGAAGAUGUUAAUCCCAUGAUGACGGGUCACAGACGGAGCAUGUGAUCCUGGUUGAGAUCAACACGUGGAAACGCAUCUGUGUGAGCUAUUUAAAUGUUGAAGGAAGAAAAACUAGUCGUCUGCAGUAGAAAAGUCAAAAUAUCUUAAUACUUUCAGAUUGUGAAAUCUCCUUUCCACAUUAAACAAAUUCGAGCAGCAGGCCUUAGAGGAUUGUGUAGGUGGAGCGCAGGAGGAAACCGACCGCGGCGGACGGACGGACGCGGAUCUCUCUUUCCAGUUCCUGAACGCGGAGACAAAACCAACGUGAAGUCAAACUUCUGCUGCAGAAAGUCAAUCACAGUCUGCUGAUCCGAAGUCCGAUGGUGUUUGAGGAAGAUUUCCCGAUGAUUGAAGUAUCGAUCCCAUCGAUGGAGAGGGAAGUGGACGAGUCGGGAAAGUCCAGAAAGCUCUUCAGAGUUGAAGUCUUGUUUCACGGGAGGAAACAUUAUGUGCUCCGAAGAAGCAGCGAAUUCCAGACUCUCCACAGGAAACUCAGGAAGAUCAUCCAGACUCCAGACUUCCCGAGCAAAAGGAACCCCCAUCUGAGGACCAAACCUCCGGAGCAGAGGAGGCAGGAGCUGGAGGACUACGUCCAGGACAUCAUCUACCAAAACGAAGACGUGCCUCAGGUGCUGCUGGACUUCCUCCACGUGAAACACUUUCACACAGGGAUCAAGAUGAGCAGCAUGGAAUCACUUGAUGAAUUGGACAGUCAGGAUUACAGUUAUCCGUUGCCAAAUCAGCGAGUGUUGGGAUUCUUUAAGGAUCCUUAUCUCUCCGAGUGCACAUCAGAUCUCCCAGAUGUCGUUGUGGACGGGGUUCUUCAGGGUUUUUAUCCCCGGGACAUCCGGGUCAGCUUCACCGCUCCGGUUCUCACCGAGCCCGACCCCCCCACUCCUAUAGAGGCCUGAACAUCACAGUUAUAUGUAGAAUUUAAUGUUUUAAAAUAGAAUAUACAAAACUGCCAAAUACACAGUGCCAGCAGGGAAGAUUGAAGAUUAAAGAAAAGGCGUGAUGCUAAAAUAAAAACCCACCAAAAUUCAUCUUUAAACAGAAAUGGUUACAUUUUUAUUUUAGGAUAUAUUUUUGUCACGUAGUAAUUUGUGUUUAUAAGUGUCAAACGCAGUCCACCUUUUUUCAGCCAUGGUAUUUUAAAGCAUUUUUUUAGG